AUCUGGCUCGCCUCCGUAACAGACGCCCUCCACCCCACCCCCUCCCCCUCCAACCACCUCUACCUCCACGGCUUCGACAUCUCGCCCGCGCAAUACCCGUUCACGAAGGACGUCAACCCCUCCCAUGAAACUUUUUUCUCGGUACAUGACAUGCGUGGUCGGUUUCCCGAGGAACAACGUGGACGGUACGAUCUUGUGCACCUGCGAUUGUUAGUCGUGGCAUUGAAAGAGGAAAAUUAUCCUGUUGUGGUUCGGAAUGUGGUCGAGUUACUGAGUACGUCU